AUGGUUUCCGCUGUUACUGUUCAAUAUACCAACCCCAGAGUACGGGUUGUCCGCAAUGAAAAAGAUAAGCAAUUUUGCUUUGAUGUCCGUAUGACAGUGUUUGUCGAUGAACAAAAGUACGAUGCAGCCAUCGAGAUCGACGAACGUGAUCCUUUGUCUACACAUUGGCUACUGACUUGUGAUCGUCACGAUGGUUCAACUGUAACCGAGGUGCCUGUUGGUACAGUUCGUUUAUUUCCAUUGCCACAAGGGGUAGGCAAGUUGGGUCGUUUGGCGGUAGUAAAAGAGGCCCGUGGGCUGGCGUUAGGGCGGUUGCUCGUGGAAACGGUGAAACAGCAUGGACGUGAAACCGGAUUGAAGGCGAUUGUCCUGCAUGCUCAAGUGGAUAAGCGUGGCUUUUACGAGAAACUCGGGUUUACAGUUGAUGCAGAGGAUGAAGCCGGGUUUAUGGAAGAAGGUACUCCCCAUGUGCGCAUGUGGAAUCGAUCUCUAUAG